GCUGGAUUUACAGCUGAACGGAGCACAGAGCAGCAGCUAUGUGGCUGUAAUCAGGGUUAUUCCCUGCGGUGGUCUGGCUAGACUGUGUGCUGUAAAGUUCAGCGUUCCAGUGUGGGAACUGUAUUGUAAAGGAAAUGCCUUCUGGAAGUCAGAGCAGAGGGAUCGUGUCUGCAGACAGCCUGACAGCACUCAAACUACACAAACGUAUGCUCUUCCGGAGCGCUGGUGUGCUCUGCUUGCCAUGUGCAGAACCCAGACCCAGCGAGCUAAAGAUAUCAGUGCUCAGUUUGGUUGUUUGGACAUUUUCUUUGAGUUCAUGUUUGUUUAAUCUGAAGUUUGGAGGAUGAAGGCUUCUUGUGUGGUUUCUGUGGAGGGACUGGCCAGUUCAGCCUGAGGCUUCAUUAACUCCCGAUUGUCCUCUGUGAGUGUUGUAACUGGAAGCUUUUGAUCCGCUGAUUCGAAGAAAUACCGCGGCUUGCAGACGGGAGUGGGCACCUUCGAUGUAGGUCGGGAGCAGAACUCCACUAUUUGCUUCCCAGAUUUUCCCGUGCUGUACCCGUGGAUUCUCCUCUGCAAUGGAAGAUUGCAGAUUGCUGAGCCUCGCGUCUUCCUGCUGGAAGUGAUCUUUCAGCGCAUAAGCUUUGGCUAAUCCACAGAAUUCCAUACGCAGGUGCUGCCUCAGAAUGGGAUUCUGUUCCGCCACCAUGAAAUGUAAGCUGACCCAUAAAAGUCCCAGCGCUUCCCCAGACAGGAAGCGAGCAAGGGACUGCUGACCGGGGCCUGUUUAACUCUUAUGGCAAAUAUUAUUGUGGGUGGACAGCUCCAGACGUCCCCGGUGUGAAUAUUUCACUUGGAUAAGACGAGGCCUCUUAUGGGAAGAAGCAGCAAAGCGUAGUGGGUGUCUGGAGGGGCGGAGCCUCGUGAGGCGGGCAGAGUUGUCUGUGUCAGAGUGUCAUUUAUUUUGUUGGUUACUUGCGGUAUUUACUGAGCCAUUCGAGGCGUGUUUCGUCACCGCCAUUAAUCUCUUUCAAAGAUUCUCAGCAGUCAGUAAUGGGCUAAAUGGAGCUACAUGGAGAUGUGGUGAGACCUGUUCAACUAGCCAUCUCUAUUUCUCACAGUGUGAGAUGUCGUAAUCCAGAGAGCAGCAAGUCUCCACUUCUCCUGCACAGUUCCUGAACAGUUUGAAAAAGAACACAAACACACACGUAGGUUUAUAUGUGUACAUACAUAACGUGCUUUACUGUCAGUUACAGUGUGUGUGUGUGUUUGUGUAUAUAGAAUAUGUCAGACAACGUAAUGGCAAAGCCACUAGAUGUAGAGGAGAGUGAUUUGUAGAUGUAGCUGUAGAAAACUGCAGUGGGAAUGGGUGUGGCAAUCCCAACGAUGCCAGGAUGUAAGAGACAGAGGAGCGAGAACGUGCAAGUUCAACACCACGGCUGUCCCAGUGAUGCCCAAACUGGACAAAUGGCUCCAACAGACCCCAGGAAUGAGGAGAAGGGACGAGACCACCCACUGCAAGGGAGAGACAGUGCUGAUAAACAGCACAGCCAGGGCAGGAGGUCUCCCAGCAUGGCAGCAGACGCGAGUCUCAUGCUUGAGGCGGCCUUGGAGCAAAUGGAUGAUAUUAUCGCAGGUUCCAAGGCCGUGACGGAGCUGACUAACGGCCUGUGUGAGCUGGGCUCCCCCAUCGACGUGGGCUCCCUGCAGGCACUGCAGCUGGCUGAGGAGCUGCGCCUCGCUCUGGAGCUUCAGGAGGACGGAGACCGGGGCAGGGAGGCGCUACGUUCCCGGCUACCCUGCUCCACCUCCCACGCCCUGCUGGAGUGGCUGGAGAGGGGCACGGUCAGCUCGCAGUCUCCUUCAAACAAUGAGACGCAUCAGGAGCGGUUGGAGAGAUUAGAGGGCGACAAAGAGUCUCUGGUUCUGCAGGUGAGCGUUCUCACGGAGCAGGUGGAGGCACAGGGAGAGAAGAUCAGAGAUCUGGAGGCUUCUCUGGAGGAGAACAGCGAUAAACUGCUGUCCACCGAGGAGAUGCUUCAGCAGGAGCUACUGAGCCGUACUUCCUUGGAGACACAGAAGCUGGAUCUCAUGGACGAGGUUUCGUGUCUGAAGCUGAAGUUGGUCAGCAUGGAGGAGGAGCAGGACCCCGCACACAGAGAUGACAAGCAGCGCAAAGCAGAGUGUGUGGUUAACGUGAUCAGCGAGCUCCAGGAGCAGAUGCGUAAGUUCCAGAAGGAGAUCUCCACCCGCAUCCAGGAGCAGCGGGCUCAGGAGGCGCAGGAGGCGCAGGGUGCGCGGGGCGAGGGCGGGGCGCCGCGCCAGGCCCGAGACCGCAGCCCCGACGUGGGCUUGGGCUCGUCCGACGCCGAGGACGUCGGCUGCCGCUGCGGAGCGGCGGGAGACAACCAGGCACUCCUGCAGGAGCUGCGGGUCCUGAAGACCAAGGUGGACGAGUUGGAGAGCGAGAAAUUGCAGUACGACCGAACGCUGAAGGCCACAAAGAUGGAGAUCUCCGAACUGCAGCAGCUGCUGGUCUCCAAAGAUGCAGAGAUCAAGAGUCUCCAAAACCAGCUGCUCUCCAAAGGACCCUUCUCCAGCAACAGCACAGAGAGAGAUCUGGAGCUGCAGAGGCUAAAGGCGGGGAUAGCGAGCCUGCUCACAGCCAACAAUGAGAAGGAUCGUCAUAUCGAGGAGCUCAUGGCCCUGCUGGACCGGGUCGGGAUGGCCAAAGACACGAUGGUCCUGUCACCAGGUUGUGUUGACAGUGGCAGUAGUGAGGAGGACCUGCACAGGCCUCUGAAGCCACGCCCUCUCCCCCGUAAAGCCCACUCGGACAUUGUGCACUCUGGCCUGCAGGUGUCUUCAGCUCAUGGACAAUCACACUGCUUACCUCCAGGAAUCCUACCAAAAGACCUGGACUCUAACUGUUACAGUAUGCAGAACUCCUUGGAGAUUUCUGUGUCAUGCCUUGAUGAUCCAGGUUUUUACAACGGACAGUGGUUGACCCAGAAGAUGCUGUCUGCCAGUCUAGAGGAACUGCAAAGUAGAUCCAGACAGAAGUAUGAAUUGGGGCAACCAGUAGAGCCUGUUCUAGAGAACCGGCACGUGUCCAACAGCAGUAGGUACCGGACCCUGCCGGGGAAGAUGCCUCCUCUGGCACCGCUGAUCACCGAGAGGGAAGACAGCGGCGUGAACCUGCGAAAGGAGAAGGCCGGUGAGUCUGCGCCGUCAGACCUGUCCGACUCUCCGGAGAAUAAGAAGAGCGAGAGGGGCAUCCGGAGACUGUGGGGAAAGAUCAAAAGGACUCAGUCUGGCAGUUUCCGUGCAGACAGUCUGCCCCACGGGGACUUCAAGAGGAGAGGAGUAAGGUCCACCACGGGACCCUCGGUAGCCCACAUGGGAGACACCGCACAUGAUGUGAACACUCCCUUCUCAAAGUGGUCAUGUGAUCAGGUGUGUGUGUGGCUGGAGGAUUAUGGGUUGGGACAGUACAUCCCAAUGGCCAAACAGUGGGUCAGCAGUGGACAGACUCUGCUCUCAGCCUCACCACAUGACUUUGAAAAGGAGCUGGGUAUCAAGCACCCUUUGCACAGGAAGAAACUGCAGCUGGGCCUGCACGCCAUCAGCAGCGCGAGCAGCGAGACGUCGGCAAAGCUCGACCACGUCUGGGUCACGCGAUGGCUCGAUGAUAUCGGCCUGCCGCAGUAUAAGGACCAGUUCCAUGAAGCGCGUGUGGAUGGGAGGAUGCUGCAGUAUUUGACUGUGGACGACCUGCUGCUCCUUAAAGUCAGCAGCCAGCUCCAUCACCUCAGUAUUAAAUGUGCCAUCCGUGUGCUCCACGCCAACAAGUUCAACCCCAACUGCCUGAAAAGGAGACCAGGGGAGGAGAGCCAGCCGUCGCCUUCAGAGGUGAUGCAGUGGUCCAACCACCGUGUGAUGGAGUGGCUCCGAGCAGUGGACCUGGCGGAGUACGCACCCAACCUGAGGGGCAGUGGCGUGCACGGGGGACUCAUAAUCUUGGAGCAGAGUUUCAACGAGGAGAGCCUGGCCGUGCUCCUCAGCAUCCCUCCUCAGAAGACUCUGUUGAGGAGACACCUCGCCACCAACUUCCACUCGCUGGUGGGAGCGCAGGCCCAGCGCGACAAGGUCCACUUCCUGGAGUCGCCGGGCUACGCGCCGCUCUCCACCACGGCGAAAGUGCGGCCAAAGAAGCUGGGGUUCUCCGGGUUCAGCCACCUGCGGAAGAAGCGACCGGACGACUCCACCGACUACGUCUGCCCCCUGGAGCCCCUGCAGGACGAGUCCCUGCGCAACGGCACUCGGCAGCCUCGUACGGACCUCGGCCCCGUCCAGGAUGGGGACACCGAGGGCCGGGAGCAGGUGGGGCCUCCGCUCUGCUGAAGCUUAGCUAGCCACGCCCACGACCACACCCUCCCAUAAGCUUCCUGCCAUUACCACCGCCUCCCCAUGCCCUGAUCAUCCGAGCCCUCAUUACCACUCUUGUCAUUCUGUGCCAUUGUGUAAUACCCGUCAUCCCUCAUUCUUGGUCAUGUGACAUGCUUCUGCGGCCUUUUGCUGAGCGACAGCCAAUCGGAGGGCUGUGCUGUGCGCUCGACCGGCUCCAUGUGGGGUCGGCAGCUCACUCGAGAGUUUACUUGACGUGAGCCAUUAAACAUAUCAGAUGAACUAAUGCUAUUUCCAUGUUUCUAACCGAACACAUGCUGUCACUCUGGGCUGUUUGAAAGGGCAGAGGUGAACCUGUGCGAUAUUUGCACAUUUUAGGGAUUUAUUUAAUAUUUAUAGUGGUGAAAUUUUUACCUGCAUACGAAUUAUUUUUAUUUUUAGUGGCAGUGUGUUUCAUACACUGCAAUAUUGAUACAUUGUAACAUGAUAUUUUUAUAGAAAGAUAGAUGUGAUGCUUCAUGUAAAGGAUUUCAUUUUAUUUGUCCUGUAAUUGUAAAUAUGCAAAUCGAAAUACAUGAGAUAUAGUAACCAAUAAACUUCAUACCUCACUGUGAUACCGUGUUUCAUUCAACAUGCAUCUACUUGCUCAAAACAGCACGUCUGUCGGACAAUUUUGUUUCAUUUUUUAAAAAUUCACUAAAAAUAUGUUGCUUUUCGCUAAUUUGCAUAUAAAGAUUUCUUUGCUGCUAAGGUGAUUCCAGCCAAUCACUUUGGGCUAUAAAGAUGUACAUUAGAGAGAGAGGCGUGGACGUGCAUGAUUAACAAAGCUCAUUCACUAACCACUUCUUGCCAACGGAUGCUGCCACACCAAAAAAAGUGCAUUUCAUUCAAAAUGGAGAGGUGCAUGCCGGGAAAUGAACAUCAUCUGCCUUAGGGCUUCCAUCUGCAGGUACAUUCAGAUACCCAUACGACAUCUCCAUAGUUGACAUCAUCGCCUGUUGCUUAAUGAGUAAACAUCCCACCAAUCGCAUCUUUAAAAUGGGGUUGCUUCUGUCAUACCGUAGGUAUUGAUCUUUGAUCAAUGGCUUCAC